AUGUCGUAUGGGUGGCUUACAGAAAGUACAGUUUUCAAGAAAAAAGAAGAAAUAAUUGAAUUAAGCAAAGAUAAAUUGUUUAAUGAAAGUAAAAAUAACAAAAAAAGUGAAAAUAGUAUUGAUAAAUUAAAUAAUAUCGUUAAUUCUUAUCUUCAAAAUAUAAAAGAAAAAAAAAAAAAUCCAAUAGGAAAAAAAAAAUUAAGCUAUUUUGAAAAUUUGUAUAAUUCUAAAAAUGAUGGAGUUGAAAAAAGAAACGAACAAGAUAAGACUAAUUUAUCUUUAAAAAAGAAAAUAAAUAAAAAAGAAAAGUAUGAGCAACUUAAAAAAAAAGGAUCUAAUAACUAUAAUUGCUUAGUAAACUUUGAAUUAAAAAAAGAUUUAGAACAUGAAUUAGAAGAAAUUAGGAAAUUAAAAGAAAAAAAGAUUAAAAAUUUAUAA